AUGGCCCCCGCCUCGUCCAAUGCCACGUCCCAUUCGGGCAGUUUGGCUGGCACGGGCUCUCUGCUGGAGCUCUCGCCGUUCGGGAACGACUUGAGCAUGAGCACUUUUGCUUCUGCUUCAGGCUCGACGUCGCAGCAGAGCACGCCGAUACCUGCAGGAGGAGCGGCAGCAGCAGGCAGCGGCGGAAGAAAUAGCCCUUUCACCAGCUCCGGAGGGUUCAGGUUGGGCACCGCCGGCACCUUUGCGGCGGCCAAUCCUGCACGUGACCAUGGGCACCUCCCACCCUGGUCGCCAGGGAACGUGCCUACGGUCUCUUUAGCCGCGGCAGAUGGAGCAGCAGCGAUAGACUACCAUCCCAACAACAGCUAUCAAGGCCAUGCGCGCGUUCCACCGCUGCCGGCAUUGCGCCGCGGCUCGCACCUGCGCGACACAACCGAGCACGACGAGCCGUUGUCCGAGAGCGAGCAUGACCCUGCCACUGGCGCAGUUCCUGGCGCAGGAGGCGCAGAAUGGAUCGGAAAAGUGCAGGAUGUGCGCGACGUCGACUUCACGCGCGAAGCGGGUCUUGGACACGAAUGGGGUCUGCAUGACCGUAUGCACGAUGAACCUUCGAUGGGCGUCUCGGGCUCGCAGCAGCAGUCGCGCGACAGCCGGUAUCGAGUGAUCAGCUUCCCCCCGUCUGGUGCUCGCGCAGAAGCCGAAGCCGCCGCCGCCGGCAGCAGCAGCGGGCCCUUUUCUCCGCUCUCGCUGUCUCCGGAUAUGGAAUAUAUGUACCUCCUGCCGCGACGCGGCGCGGCGGAGGACUGCAGCGCGGCUCUCACGCGCCUGGACAAGAUACGCAAGGCGAAUGACGCCAAGCGAAUCCUCAGAGUCAAGAGCCUGAUCAAGCAUCGACUUAAGAAGAAGAAUGGUCAUGCGGAGAAGGACUCAGACUCAGCCUCCGAGUUGAUCGACUUUGGCAAAGCGUACGAAGGAGUCAAACUGAAGAUCGCCGCGCUACCCGGUGUCAACAUCCUGGGCCAAGGCGCAGCCAAGGCCGCGUCCACUACGCCGGGUGCAGCUGCUAGCCCGUUACCCUCGCGCAGUGGCACCCCCGUCUGUAAAAAUGCGCACGCAGUCAAUGGCUCGACGAUUGGGACUGCCAAGGCUGAGGAGCGGGAGAACGGGAGCAGCGUGCACAGGCACGACCGCAAACGCCACGAUCGCAAGGCAACAAGCAGAGGUGCAGGAAUGCCCCCUAAGCGCUCUGGGACAGACAGCACAGUUAUCGCGCCUAUUUCCGCUUCGAGCGCCACAGCUGCUGCCUCCGUCGCUCAGCCCAUCCUACCUACCGCCGUGACCGCAACCGCCUCAGCUGCUAUGCCCUUUGCAGCCCCGUCCUCCAGCAGUCCACAUCAUGCGUUCGAGCCCUUUCUAAACGCUUUGCUGCCUCCCGCAAGGCGCGGGUCGGCAGCAGCCGUCUCCGCCACCCGACCGCUGCAGAUGACGCAGCUGCGAGCAGAGUUCAAGAGUCGUAGCUCCGAGAGCGAUACGAGCUCGAGCGAAGAAGAAAAAGGGAGGACUGCGGCGAAUCGAUGGGCGGUACGAUCGGGCGACUCGGCUGGUUCGGCCUCGGAAGACGAAAUCUCGUCCGAGGUUGAUGUCAAACAGAUCAGCCUCCAGCAUGGGCGUGGUUCGACGAAGCGCAAGCAGAAGCGUAGGCUCCCACAACUGCUCGGAGAUCAUUCGUAUCGCAGAGGGGAAGCGUUGGGCGACACAGAAAGCGAAGCGGACGAAGCUAUGACAAUGGCAGCUUCGGCCGACGAAGCGGCGAUGGCUGCUGGUGAGCUAUCGCGACCAUCAUCCUCAGUAGGACAUGGACAUCUCCGCACAAGCUCUGUUGGACUCCACGUCUCAAGAGGCUUGCAUUACGCUACGGCGCAGAGCAGGAACAGACGCGCAAUGGAGCGGUAUUCGCCCGCGCCUUGCAAACUGCUCAACGGCUCUGCCGCCCUGGACAAUGCCUCUUAUGAAGAGAUAGGAAACAUCGUCCUGCGAAGCAACACACGCUCGCCCGCUCCUAGCAAAGCGCCAGGGCUUAUGUUCACACAGGGCCACCCGGUCGCAACCGCCACGCCUGGAAGCUCCAACAGCUCACGCACGGAUCUGAAUGCUAUCGGCUCUGUGAUGCAGGGCGCAGGCUCCGGUAUCGUGCGUGGGCAAUCGCCGAGCAUGUUUUCGGAAGGCGGCCUCGAGCUUGAGCGCCAGCAGACGAACGCAAGCUCGCGCUAUGAAAACUUCCUGCAGAGGUGGAAUACGAACAACACGCUCACAUCGCAGACCUCCAUCGGACGCUCCAGCACGCUGCGCAAUGUGCUCAGAAACCCCGCUCGCUUCUUGAGCCGUGGCAAGAAGCGCGACACGGACGCAGCGAGCGUAGUCAGCACGCCGCAGGCGGAGGACCACGACAAGGCGCUGGACAAUCUGAUCGGCAAGGCGUUGCAGCAAGCUCCGCCGGAGGACUUGGGUGAGAAGAUGGAGUAUGACAUUUUGUACGAGAACCAAAGAGGCCUCCUUUUCUUUGGCGUGCCACGAUUCUCAUCAAGAGUCCUCUUCAUUGGCGACCCGUCUCCGUGGACGUCUGGCACGACCGGCCGCAAUGUUGCCUACACGGUCGCGAACGCGCAGCUGCCAGAUCCGUCAUGGGAAUGGGUGCAUUCCGAAUGGAUGAUCGACAUGUCAGGCGACACGGACGAAGCGGGGUGGCAGUACAGCCGCGACUUUGGGCACAAGUACUAUCGCGCGCUGCACAUGCUGCCCAAUAUUGGCUUUGUCAAGCUCAAAGGCAAAGAGCGCGCCUUGGGUCAUAUGGAGAGAAAGGCGGCGCGCGCCGAGAAAAGAAAGCAGAAGGAAGAGACAAGAGAAGACGAUGGCCUUGAGGCGCUGAAGAGAACUGCCCUGGCGCGUAGCGCAAAGUGGCAAGGAUCAUCAGACCCGUGGAUGUUCGUUCGCAGAAGACGAUGGAUCAGGUUGCGGCGGAGAAAAGCUUUGCUGGCGAAACAUCAUACCAAAGCCAUCACCACCCCAAGUGCUGAGGAGCCGACAAAGUCGCAUGCAUUGGAGGCCGCCACGCCAGAUGACGUCAAAAAAACAGUCCGCCAUCCGCUUGAAAACUCUGAAUUGAUGGAGAGCGAUACUGAAUCAGACGAUCUGGGAAUGGACAGCUCCACUACCUCGGAGGAUGAUGAAGUCUUUUGGGCUCCAGCAAUGGGCCACGGUAGCGGUUUCUUACCCAGGAGGCGUCCUGGAAACGUGCACGACGGGGACCCCAACUUAUUUAAGGAGUCUGAGUACCUCCGAAAACGCUUAAGGCACGCUAAAGAAUUUACUGGAACUGUCAGGGAGCUGAAGAGCUUGAUCCCCGCGAUCGUCGACCCGAAGAAGGCCAAGUCCCUGAGGAAAGGCGAUCUACCUGCAGUGCAGGAGGAGAUUGACGCGCGCAAUCCCUUCAUCAGCUGGAAGCUUGUCAAGCGCCGGCUUGCGGAUGACGAUCUUGCCUUCGCCGGCGCCAGUCUUCGAACCAGAGAGCGUCGCUUCCAACAUAAACAGACGCGGAAAACGGCCUCUAAGGGCCAGGCUCUUCAUCCCGGACUACCCGAAAGUCUCACUUCCGGGAAUCCCGUCCAGGCGCUAGAGGCUGCGGUUGAGGACGGCGAUGACACUGUUAUCGUACAUGAGCGUUCUGUUCAGCCGCAGGCUUUGGAUGAGACCUCUUGGACACGGGACGCGCUUGUCGAGAUCAAUUUUAGACGCGUAGUGCGCGUGCUGAAGGCAUGCAAGGUAGACCGGCAGAAGGUGGAGCUUUGGCGAUUGUGGCUUGGUGCGGAUUCAUACAGUCACGCUGUGGAAGAACCUCUACUGGAGGACCUAAAGAUCUUGGGGCUUGCCGGCCAAACGGCUUCAAGCGUCAAUGAUAAGAUCUUCUUGGACAAGCGCAUGCGUGCGCUCCGCAAGUGGCAGGCGAUGCAGAUUCUGCCGGACCCUACCGAUGUGUGGGACGUCCUUGAGCGUCGCCUUGAUCAAGUCAUGUUGCUGUUCGAGUACCAAGGGAGCCGCGCGACGCUUGUGCGACUGUUGCUCUCACAGCAUGCCAUCACCCACCCCGGUCACGUCUUUUGCGGUCGAGCCGGCAACCUGGACGUACCUUCGGAGCUGUUAGCAAUGCACCAACACGGCACACCAUCUGAGCUAGGUAUCGACCGUCCUCACAGCAUCGAUGCUCAGCCGUGGAGGGAGGCCGCGCUUCCACGUCUGCAAUUCUGGAGUGACCUGUACAGCUGCUCUGGCGACAUUAAAGAUCGUGCCGACAUGACUUCUACGGCGCAGUCCUACAUCACCAAUACCCUUGUUAGGCCCAAGUCCACAGCUCCUGAACCGCUUCUUGGUCACCAGGGCCUUGCCAGCGUGUCCAACAGCCCCUCGAAUGAGGCAGAGGCUGUCACACGCCCGUUCAGCGCGCCGCCGUUUCAGCUUCGACAACAUUUACAUGCGACCAGCAUCAACAGCAAGCAAUGA